AUGCGGUUCCGUGUGGAAGGGACUCCCUUGAUUUCUCAGAAGCAGGAGCAGAAAGUCCCGACACGACAGCAUGCUACUUUGAAUCCUUUGUCCGAGAGCCUCAACCAAGGCUCGGUGGAAUUCGAAAACUUUCAGUAUCCAAGAAGGUCGGAUGAUGACUGCCAGCGUGGUCCAGAUGAAAACUCCGCUCAACAGGGUCCUGUAUCUCAGUUGAUCCAAGCUCCCGUUGCUAGUCAAGCUCCACCUCCUCGUACCCGGAAGCAGGAUGAAGAAACUCACUCACACUCGUCGGGGUUGGCCUUCGUGAGCAGCGUGCAUGCGCGCAGCCCCCAAGACUUGACCUCGUCAUCCAAAGAGACGGAGGGCGAACAAGGCAUAGCCAAAGGUAAAUGGGAGCGCGAUGCUCUGGAUGAUAUCAUAGACGAAGCCAAAGCUACAAGCCAUCUGCCUUUGGACUUCACGGAGUCUCCAGAUGAUGAAAAUGCUGUGGAUACCGAGACCGAUUCCUCGGGCUCAGAUGAGCCAACCCAUAAAUUACCGAAAUCUCAAACAACAGAGCAUGGUGAGAACACUGACUGGACAAAAGGGUUCGCCUGCAUGCAGCAAUUUGAGCCAGCUGGGAACGACAAAAGUCCGAACAGUGGAACCAUCGACAUACUGCAACAAAUGCUCGAUUACUAUACCCGAAACGCCGAUCAAUGGCGGAUAAUGGCAUACCGAAGAGCAAUUGCAGCUUUGAGGAAGCAGAAGAAAAAGAUCACCACCAAGGCGCAGGCCAGGGCUAUCCCCGGUGUGGGAAGGAGAUUGGCUGACAAGAUCGAAGAGAUUGUGUUGACCAAUCGCCUCCGACGUCUCGAAAACGCAAAUAACAGCCCCGAGGACCUGAUAGUGCAGAAAUUCCUCGGCGUGUACGGCGCCGGUCUUUCUCGGGCUUCAAGAUGGGUUGCACAAGGAUACAGAUCAUUGGCCGAUCUACUGGAGAAGGCCCCUCUCACCAAGCAACAGCGCAUCGGGGUGGAGCGUUACAAUGACUUUGCCCAGAGAAUUCCACGCAAGGAGGUUGAAUCCCACGGCGCAAUCGUGAGACAAGCUGUGCAAAGUGUGGACAAGGAUAUGCAGGUGAUUGUCGCAGGCUCUUACCGUCGCGGGGCACUUACCUGCGGUGAUGUCGAUUGUCUCAUCACCAAGCCUGGCUCAACGCUUGACCAGAUUCGUACUGUGAUGCUAGAACUGGUUGUCCCUCAACUGUUUAAUGAUGGAUUUUUGAAAGCUAAUCUUGUCCUCUCAGCAUAUCAGGACGGCUCUAAAUGGCAUGGUGCCUCGGCUUUGCCUGGUACUGACCUGUGGCGGCGUAUAGAUUUGCUGUUUGUUCCUGAUGCGGAAAUCGGCGCUGCGCUGGUAUACUUCACUGGAAAUGACAUAUUCAACCGGAGCAUGAGAUUGUUGGCGAGGAAGAAAGGCAUGUGUUUGAACCAGCGGGGUCUCUAUACUGAUGUGCUACGGGAUGGCCAUGUGAAGCUGAACUCUGGUCGAUUGGUCGAAGGACGCGAUGAACGUCGGAUCUUUGCUGUGCUAGGCGUGCCCUGGCGACCUCCUGAACACCGAAUCUGUUGA